AACAGCGGACCUCCUCCACUCCCAGGACAGCUGCAGCAGUCGCCUCCCAACCACAGCCGAGAUGCAGAGUGUCGCCGUCCUCGCCUGCCUGCUGGCCGCCGCCCACGCCGGGAUCGUAGCGCCGGCCCACCUCCCCGCGGCUCCAGCGCCGGCGCCGGCCCACGGCGUCAUCUACGACCACUACGCGCCGCCCAGCUACAGAUUCGACUACGCCGUGGCCGACUCGCACACGGGCGACGCCAAGACGCAGUUCGAGCACCGCGACGGCGACCGCGUGACCGGCGCCUACAGCCUCAUCGACGCCGACGGCACGACCCGCAUCGUCGAGUACAUGGCCGACGACCACAACGGCUUCCAGGCGGUCGUGAAGCGCGUCGGACACCCGACGCCGGCGCCGCCCAGGGCCGUGGUCGUGGCCGCCCCUGCUCCGGCACCCGCCGCCCACGGUCCAGUGCACGCCGCCCCCGCCGCCGUCCCUGUCGCCCAUGCUGCGGUCCACGCCGCCCCCGCAGCCCACGGUCCCGUGUACGCCACCCCUGCUCCGUCUCCUGUCGCCCAUGCCGCUGUUUACGCCGCCUCUGCCGCCCACGCGCCGGUGUACGCAGCUCCCGCUCCUCCCGCAGCUGUCCUGGCCGCCCCCGCUCCUGCCGCCCAUGCGUACACGCACCCGGCACCAGCACACGUUGCUGCAGCACGUGGCAGCCACCUCCCCUACCAUGGGUAG